CAAAAUAAAAAAUUAAAUUAAAUUGUUAGCGUUUCUUCCUUCGUUGCUCUGCUCUCUGCGUCUCUUCUUCUCCUCUUCUCUUCCUACAAUCGCGCCGCUGCUGCAACAUGGCCAGACCUGCUGCUGGCGGCUCGAGCAGAUGCAUGGAGGAAGAUGAUACGAGUCCUAAACGAAGGAUAAUUGGCCCUUCGUUGCCAUCAGCUGAGUUACCUGCUGCUGCAGCCAAAUUGACAGAAGCACAGGCUGAGCUCAGAGAAGCUGUGUUGGAAGAAGAAGAUAGUAAACUUUUUAUAGGACCUCCACCACUUGCCGUGGUUGCAGAAACUGAAUCAGCUAAUGAAGCUGAGCGGUUUGAAGAGGUUACAAGGAUCAUGGAUUCUGCUGACGAUAGUUUAUAUGAUAUCUUAGGAGCCAACCAAAAUAUGUCAGCUGAGAAUAUAAAGAAAAGGUACUGGAAGAUGUCUCUUUUGGUGCACCCUGAUAAAUGCUCGCAUCCUCGAGCUCAACAAGCAUUUGUUAAGUUGAACAAAGCUUUCAAAGAAUUACAAGAUCCAGAUAAGAGAAAAGUGCUGGAUGACAAAAUUCAACUCAAGGAGGAACGUGAAAAAUUUAGGGUUGAGUUGAAGGCAAUGCGCGAGGCUGCACAGUGGAGAAAGUUACAAGGAAUAUGCAUGGAGGGAGAUGCUGAGCUCCUAGCAGACAUGAUGGAUGUUAAGGUGGCACCAAAAAUAGAUGAGUGGAUGACAACGCUGCCAUCCGAAAGGAAACACGGUAUGCCUCCUAGGCGAUCGACAAGAUUUAACAGUAGUAAUGAGGCUGCAGCCUUUGCUUCAAAUGCGGAGGAAAAGAAAAGGAAGGUUUCAGAUGGAGAUUUGGUGGACAAAUACAAUAAAGAAAAACGAUCAAAAUCACUUUUGCAAAAACACAAGGAAGAGACUGCAAAGCGUUCAAUGAGAAAAUCCAAGAAACAACAGACAGAGGAGGAGGACUGGGUGGGGAAACAUCCGUGGAAGCCUUGGGAUCGUGAGAAGGAUUUGGAAGGGGGGAGACAGAGAAAAUUGGAUUCAGAAAACAUGAAUCAAGCUUUAACGUCGCGGUUUUCUUCCGGCUCAUACGAGAGGAACUUCCUUUAAACAUGAACUGAUGAGGGUUCGG